AUGUACAUGUUCAGCGUCAAUGGCGCCGGGGACCCGUUGAGGAAUGAACGGUCUUUUCCUUCUCAGUUCGAAACGACUGCCUCGCUCUGCAGGCCUUUGGAGAAAGUCAUUGUCGAUCAAGGGGCGUAUAUAGCCUACAUUGUCCUGCAAAGCACGGCCAUCCUGUUCUUCUGGGUUGUCGUGGUCUGGCGUUGGAGCCAGAAAACUCCAGUCCAGGAAUCGUCGGCGUUCUCCCUGGCCGACUUUGCCGCCAAAUUUGUCCGAAAGGAAGUAGCCACAAAGUCAGGUCAGGCGUGGGGGUUUAGCCGGGACUUUCUGAAAGACGCAGGAAGUACGAAUGUCAUUGAGGUCCUGAGGGAGGCACGAGUAGUCCGUCAAGGCUGA